UGUGCAAAUCUGUCCAGGUCCCACUUUAUAAGAAGCAUCCUAGUUAUACUAGAGACCCUACUGUCAGAAUGCGGUCCUUUUCACAACACAUGCUCAGGGAUGUCAAGCACUCAAGAGCCGACUAUUAGUGGGGUCUGUGGACACGGGUUUUCAGUUCUGGAAACUGGGCUAACGUGUCAUUAACUUUCAGAUUAUGCAUCAUCGAUUCGUGGCAUGUCAGGUGUGGCAGUUCUUGGCUUUGCAUGGUCAGAUCUUGCUGUCAUUUUCCUUGAAUUAGGGGGUCUGCAGGUUGGCAAGUCUCUGUUCUAUGUAACAAGUUACUCUGUUAAGGACUGAAGUCCAAAGGUGAUUGCUUAUCAAUAUCCACAUCAUCAUUCUCUGCCAUUAGAAUUUUUAACUCCCUGCCUAAAUUUACAUCAUAUACAAUUGCUAUUUUGACAUUGUUGUUGGUGCCUAUGUUUUUCUAACAUUAGUUAGCUAAUGGUAGUGAAGCUUAGGACCUGUUGCUCACUAGGUAAGUAUUUUACACUGGAGACAUUCCCUCAUGUUUUCCAGAUAGUGUUGUGUUUUUGCCUGAGACAGCCUUGGUCCAUGAUAUGUCCACAUCCACCUCUUAAGCAGCCUAGAAUACAGAUGUAAAGUAUAAUUCUUGCUAGGAAUCUUUGUCUUCUUUCUGCUUUGGAAGUACUGGAGUUUGAUCUAAGGCUUGUGCUUCCUAGACAGGUAAUCUGCUGAGUCUGGUUAUGCACUGUUCUUUUCUUGUGAUAAAGUCUUAAUGUUUGCUUAAGAGAGAAGGAAACAGUGUGGGCCAUGUGGCAUUCCCAUUCUCGUCCUUGGCAAAAUAAGAACAUCUGAAACCUAAUAUGUAUUAAAAUUGGAAAUAUUUUGAUAGCUAACAUGAUGUCAAACUAGGAAAUUCUACACCUGAAGUUUGGUUUAUGCCUAGAAUUUUUUAAAAUAUCAAGUAAACCAGAAGGAUUGCAUUUGUAUAGUAAUCUACUCUAUAAAAUUGUAAAUGUUAUGUAAAAGAUCCUGAAUAUCUGUAUGUGAAUUGAACCUAAAACAUACAUGUGUUUGGCAUUUCGGCAGUUAGACUAAUCAGAAUACCAACUAAUACAUAAGGCAGAUAUUUCAAAAUUGAGAAAUACUCAAAGCCCAAACCCUCCUGGUCUGUGGCUUUUUUUGAGAAGUUACUGUCUCAGCCUUUUCCCUACAAAAGGCUGUGCCAGCUUUUAAACUCCUUGUUAUUCACUUUUCAGGAAGGCUAGAAUUAGUGAGAACAAAGUGGGACAGUGGUCAUUUCAUUUUCUUCAGCUCUGGGCCAGAUGUUUGUCCUGGUGUCAGUCAGUAGAGGCAUAGACCUGGUUUUAUGGCCACAGAAUGUAGAAGAUAAUUUGGCAGACUGAAUUUUCUCUGCUGUUUCCAGACCAAUGGCAUUGGCCCUGGAUUGAUCUCUCUGAAGGGAGGAAGAAAAUGCAGUUGUUCACACUUAGCCUGAGAAGUUAACUAAGUGCCUGCAUGUUUCCCCAGCAUUUUUUUCCCAACAGAUUCAUCAGGAUGAGUAUGUGUGGCCCACCAAGCCUCCUGGAGCUGGCUGUACAGAGCCUGCUGAAGGAUGAUGCUUUGGUCAUUGCUGCUCUGGAAGAGCUGCCUGUAGAGCUCUUCCCACCUCUGUUCAUGGCAGCCUAUACUGGGAGACACAAUGAGAGUGUGAAGAGGAUUGUGCAGGCCUGGCCCUUUGCCUACCUCCCUCUGGGGUCCCUGCUGAAGGAAGGGCAACCACACCAGGAGAACUUCCAAGCUGUGCUCAGUGGGCUCGAUGCCCUGCUUGCUGAAGACAUUUGCCCUAGGCAGGGGAAACUGCAAGUACUGGAUCUAUGUCAGAAAACUAUAUGGUCUGGUAGCAGGGAUGGCAUGUGCUCACUGUCCCAGGCCAUCCUGCCAUUGAUGAAGACACAGAUGUCCCAGUGUAGUUCUUGGGAGGAGGAGGAGCAGUUUGUGGAGACGUUCAGCUCUCAGUUGCUCAGUCUACAUCACCUCCAGGAGCUUCAUUUGGAAUCCAUCAGCUCUCUUGAAGGCUCCUUGUGCAGUUUGCUCAGGUGCCUGAGGAGCCCCUUGAAGAUCCUCUCUCUCACCAAUUGUCUGCUUCUAGAAUCAGACUUGAUGAAUUUGUCUAAGUGCCCCAAUACAAGACAGCUAAGGGGACUGUGUCUAAAUAGGGUUAUCCUGAUGGACAUAAGUUCUGAGACCCUGGAAGCACUGCUAGAGAAUGUAUCGAGUACCCUCCAGGUCCUGAGCCUAGAGGAAUGUGGGAUCAUGAACCUCCAACUCACUGCCAUUCUGCCUGCCCUGAGACACUGUUCCCAGCUCACAACCUUUAGCUUUUCUGGGAACCCCAUCUCCAUAAAUGUGCUGUUGCGAGUCGUUCGCCACACCAUUGGACUGACCAACUUAAGGCGUGUGCGGUACCCUGCACCACUGGAAUUUUAUGAGCAUGUUGGAGAUGGGUUGCUUGCUACCCUACAAGCCAAGCUGAUGCAGAUGCUACAAGAGUUGGGGCGGUCAGACAUGGGGUGGCUCAGUGGCAAACCCUGUCCUCAUCGUGAGUGGCCCUUCAGUGACCUGUGGCCCAUGCCCUGGUAGCAUCUACACAGGUAAGUAGCCCUAUCCACAGCUUUGGUCUGGACAUGUGGACACCGAAGCGUACAAAUCACAGAAGCCACAGUUACAAAGGACUGCUCAUGGUAAGCAGGAAAAGGAAAGAUGAUCAGGGAUGCGAGUUAGACAUUGACUUGGGGCAGUUUGGUCAUUGUCAAAAAUAUCCUAAGGCAUUACAAAUGAGAAUUUGAAAUUUUACAUGGGUAGGGUGAUGUAUAAGA